UGGUCGAAAGUUGACAACACUGACUGGCAGCCGUUCAAACAUAUUUGAAGUAGAAUUAAAUUAUUAAAAAUUAUUAAAAAUAAAACGUUAUCGUUAUCGGGUGAAAGCUUGUUAAAGUCUCCGAGCAGAUUUAAAAAAUCCUUUAUUUCAAUAAAUAAUAAACUAAUGUCCAACAGCCAUUUAUUCUUAAAGUCAGGAUUUCCUCGCGCUCCUUUGCAAAAUGGACUGGGUCGCUAUGUUUGCCAGUUGCAGAGGAUUACGCUGAAGUUCUGCAAAAACAAUGGGUCUAGUCGCGGCAUGCGGGAUUUUAUAGAGAAUCAUCUAGUUGAUUUUGCCAAAGAGAAUCCCGGAAUUGUAGUCUAUGUUAAGCCGCGACGUCAUCGCACUCCUGUCCUAGUGGGAGAAUACUUAAAUGGAGAACGCGAGUGGCUUAGCUGUCGUAAUAGUACUCAAGACGAAAUUUCAAAAUGGAUUGACUUAUUAAAAACUCAGAAUGGCAGCUCCAGUUCCCUGCGCCUUCGCAAAAUGUGGCAUACCGAUGUGCCCUCCAUUCAAGGUCCUUGGACGCCGUUCAUGCUGCGGUCACCAGAUGCCCUUAGUCAAAAAUAUCCCAGCAGUGAAGCUUCCAAGCCACUUGAUGCUCCAACAACAGCUACCGAAAAGUUAAUUGAAUUGUUCAAACAACAAAAGCUUGAAGAUGAAGCGGAUAUUAGUAAAAAACACGCUAAGUAGCGAUCAUUGCAACAAUUCUUUCUUUAUUUAUCGUGUCAACAUAAUUUGGUGUGUUUAUAAACAAAAUACAUUUCAAUAAGCUCAAA